GAGCGGCGCAGGAAGGGGGCUGCGAGCGGCGCCCGGCUACGCUUCGCGAGAUUUCCAGCUGCUUUCCCGCGAUGCUUCCAGCCUCCCUCCCCAGUUGGCAUGGGCCAGUUGUGAAUUUUCCUAACACCCUCCGCACAGUUUGCACCAUGUACCCGAGGAGCGUUGCCCGCAGCCCUUACCUGCUCUUUGCUGGGGUUGGGCAGCACCUGCAGGGAUUAAUCCGGCAGAGUAGUUCUGGAUGGCGCCGCUACAAAGCCGUGAUCUUUGAUGCAAGCGGAGUGCUCCUCCCGUCCCCUUACAAGACAGCCAUGGAUUGGGAGGCCCAGAAAUGUAUUCCAGCCGGCACCGUCCAGCAAGCUAUACUCUCUGGAGGAGAAAAUAGUCUUUCUCUGAAGUACACAAGAGGAGAGCUGACGACUGUGGAGUUUUUGCGGGAAUUGGGACAGCAGUGCUUUGAGAUUGCAAAUGUCUGUGUUCCAGUGGACUCUUUUCUCUCGGACUUAAUCAGAAAUGAGAUGAUAAAACAGCUCCCCAUAAUGGCAGAAGCAGCACAGUGUAUCCGUGCAGAAGGUCUUAAGACAGCUCUUCUAAGCACCUUCUGCCUGCCGAAUGGAGAGAGCUUUCUUUGGAGAAAGCACUUUGAUGUGAUGUUUGAACCUUAUCGGGAAGGAAUGCGCAAGCCAGAUCCUUGUAUCUACAAGCUGUGCUUGGAGCGCUUGGGCGUUCAGCCCCAGGAAUCCAUCUUCCUCGACAACAGCAGCCAGAACCUAAAAACAGCAGCCCAGCUUGGCAUUAAAACAGUGAAGGUCGAUGAUCCAGAAGUAGCACUCAAAGAGCUCAAAGCCUGUCUGGGUUUUCCUUUGCAAAGGUUUGUUCCAUAUACUCAAUCAGUGAGACCAAGCAUGGAAAUCUCAAAAGAACAUCUGCAAAAGUACCUUGGAAAUGUUCUCAGUGACCACGCAACAGGCCCGCUAGUGUUACAGCAGAUUGGCCACGGACAGUCUUCCCGGACCUAUUUCAUCAAGUUUGGAGAUCGCUUGUUAGUGCUGAAGAAGGAGCCCUCUGACAGCCUGUGUCCCCCAGGCCCUGCUGUCAGAAGGGAAUACAGUUCCAGUAUCAAUUCCCUAAUGCCUUUCUGUGCUGACACGGCUCUAACUCGCCUUGGCAGGCUACUGAAGGCACUCUCUAAGGCUGGUGUUCCUGUUCCCACUGUACUUGCUCUCUGCGAGGACAGAAGCACCCUUGGCACGCCUUUCUACCUGAUGGAGUACUGUGCUGGCCCUGUCUACAGCGACGCAUCCCUCCCCGCACUGCAGCCUAGCCAGCGCAGGGCUAUUUAUGCUGCCAUGAGUCAAGCCCUCUCCAAGAUCCACAGUGUAGAUCUCAGAGCAGCCGAGCUGGAGGACCUCGGGGAGCAUGGUAAUUACAUUCAGCAGCAAGUUGAGACCUGGACAAAACAGUAUCGAGUGAUGGAAACUCAUGUUAUCCCAGCAAUGGAGAGACUCAUUGAGUGGCUGCCUCUGCAUUUUCCUGAAUCUCAGAAGACGACAGUUGUGCAUGGUGAUUUCAGGAUGGACAACCUGGUCUUUCAUCCAGACAGGCCAGAAGUCCUUGCUGUCCUUGGCUGGAAGCUUUCGACUCUAGGAGAUCCCAUCUCUGAUUUGGCGAAUAACUGUAUGGCCUACUUCCUGCCACCUCACUUUAAUGCACUGAGAGGCUUGAGGAAGUGCAAUCUGGGGCACCUGGGGGUCCCCACGGCAGAGGAAUAUUCCCAGAUGUACUAUGGCCACAUGGGAGUGGAGCACCCUGAGAACUGGAAUUUCUACAUGGCCUUUGCCUUUUUCCGACUGGCUGCAAUGCUGCAGGGACUCUACAAACGCUCCCUGGCAGAGAGGCCAGCCCCAGGUGAAAGCAGCUCGGAGGAUGCAGAGUUUGUGGCUGACCUGGCUUGGGAGUUUGCCAUAAAAGAAGGAUUCCGGGUGUUUGACAGCCUCCCCACCACAAAGCCUCUCACACGACGUUACAGUACCUGGGCCAGGCGAGGGCCAUUCCUCAGCAGGGGCUGUGCUACCUGCCCACGUCCUGCGGCAGCUCCUGUGCCCAAAGUCCCCCUGGUCACUCCCCCCACCAGCCUGCUGGGGGUGGCCCAGGGUCUUUACUGCAAGCUGGAAAAGAUCACGGCCAUCCAGUGGGCUUUUCUGAUUUCCCAGCCCAGAUGGGCUCCAUGUCCUCUUCUAGAACAGAAGGUCUCUGGAGCAGAGCAUCUCAGCAGCGCAGACCCCAGCCCGGUGCUUCACUCUGACCCAAGCUCCACGUCUGGCGGAAGGUCCCGCGUACUUCACAGCACAGUGCUCUCCAAACCAGAGCUGAGCCACUAGCUGCUGCGCCAGGGAGCCUUGGACAUGAGACUAAACCAGCCACUCUGGCACAGGAGAGAUCGUGCUAACAGCAGCCUGAGAGCUUCUGGAUUUCAGAGCUGUUUGCUGUUAUCUCGUUUGUGGACUCAGUGCCUUUAUUGCCAGGCUUCACAGGUGUGGAGCAAAAUCUGUCCCUGGAUCAUGGGGCUGCAGGCAGUCAAUACCAGCCUUGGGGUCAGGAAUGAGUGGGUGGUGGUGCAGGGUUUUGUUUGGGGAAUAAAGAGAAUGGAGCAGGGUGUCUCUCCUCCUUCAGCACGCUAUCUGCAGAUGCUAGAAGGACUACAGUCAGUGGUGAGGGGAAUUGAAUCAGCUCCUCAAGGAUUUCAGGGGAGGCUCCGGAGCUGAGGCAAUGCCUGGCCCCUGGAGCUGGGAGGGACUGGGAGGACUCCAUGGUCCCCUGACUGUGGUGGAUCUCUCUGGGUUUCUUUGGGGACCAUGAAGGACGCAGACUGAAUCAAUGGGGGCUGUCAGUGCUUCACACAGGCCAGCACCAAGGGGAGAAAUGUGGGAACAAUCAUGGUAAUUCCUGGGCUCUUUACGUAUAAUCUAGUAUUAAUUCAAUAUUAAAGUGAUGGGCACACUU